AUGUCCAAUGUGAAAUUGGCUAUAAGAGUGCGUCCAUUUACAGAGAAAGAAUUAAAGUCAGAGAAAAAUCACUCUCCCGUUGUAAGUAUAGUAGAUGAAAAAACUGUUACAAUAACAAAUAUAAAGGUUAGUUUGUCAGGUGCCGGUGAUAGUAGAGAGCGAUUGCGUCGUUAUCAGGCGGACUAUGUUUUUGAUAGUAUGUCUUCUGCAAGUACGAGUUAUGCUUCACAGGAAAAAGUAUUUCAAACAAUUGGUCAGCCGGUUUUGGACAAUAUAUCAAGGGGUAUAUCAGCAUGUGUCUUGGCAUAUGGCCAGAGUGCCACCGGAAAAACCUAUACCAUGAUGGGAACUGACGCUAAUCCAGGAUUGAUUCCGAGGCUUUGUUUGGCAUUCGCUGAUACGGGACCAUUGGAUUUAUCCGUCAGUUUUUUUGAAAUAUACAACGAACGUGUUCAUGAUCUUUUGGCCUCUGAGGUCCUGCCUUGUAAUUCCCUCCCGAGGCGAACUGGAAAUACACGGAAAGAUUUACGCGUACGGGAACAUCCCACUAAAGGACCGUAUGUACAGAACCUUCGUCGAGUAUCAGUGCAUGACGUGGAGUCCUUGUUAAGCAUAGUUAGUGAAGGGAAGCGACAAAGACGAUCCGCUGCUACUAAAAGAAACUGCAAUUCUUCGAGGUCUCAUGCACUAUUGGAAAUAAGUACACCUCAUGCUACGUUACGAUUGGUGGAUCUUGCUGGAAGCGAAAAGGCUGGUCAAGAAGGCAACGGCGGAUGUCGGCAAAAAGAAGGAUCAAAUAUAAACAAAUCGUUGGUUGCAUUGAGCAAUGUUAUUUCAGCAUUAGUACGCGACGGGGGCCGAGGUAGAUUCGUUCCGUACAGAAAUUCUGCAUUGACGCUAUUGCUAAGAGACUGCUUAGGUGGUGACUCUAGCACGUGUAUUAUUGCAACAAUAUCUCCAAGUAUCAGCUGUUUAAGUGAAACUGCCUCAACACUACGUUGGGUAGCGAGAGCACGAUAUUUGCCGGUUAGAAAUCCACAUACCAAAGACAAUUUAACAACAAAAUCAGCGGUGCAAGCGCAAUAUAAUUCAUUAUUGCUUGAACUAUCCAAACACUAUAUUCGUUACGUACCUGCAACCGGAAAAAUAUUAUUUGAAGAAAAACACUGGGAUCUAAACGUUAAAAAGAUCUGUGAAAACGAAAAUAUAGGGAAUAUUAUGAAUUUUUCGCUAGGAAAAGCAACAAAUAACCUUGAUUUUGUAUUACCGAUUAUGGGCGACGAAGGUUCUAAUUUAGUCACAAAAGUUGACAAACAAGAUAUUGCGAAAGAAAUAAAUAAUGAAAUCGAUAAUUUACUGGGAGUGCCUUUAGCACGCAGUGGCACUGAUAUUGAAAUUGUAAUGCCGACAAGAAACGAAAGACAAUAUAGAUCUCAAGAAGUUCUUUCUCCAGAAAAAGUUGAGCAGUUACAGCUUAAUAAAGAUAAUCUUUCUGACCCAAGCCUCAAUGAAGAUAGAUUAGAUAAAACAAAAUCUGUUAAUCUAAAUAUCAAAUCACCAGUUUCCAUUUUGUAUGACAAAAACCAAAGAGCUGAAAUAGUUGCAUCUGUUACAGAAAGGCUUUAUUCAAAAUUGAAAAAUAACGAAUUAAGCGAUCAAAAACCGGAAGUCAUUUUAGAUAAAAAAAAUUCACAACCCAUGAAUGAAUUAAAAAUUUGCACCAAUGCCCGCCAACGGUUAAUGGAAAUAAGCCAAAAAGCAUUACGAAAUAAGAGGAGAAUCGGUAUACCAGCAUAUACACAGACAAGAAAAAAUAUUAUACGUAUGAAAGACCAGUGUAUAGACGCACAAAGAGAUUUGAUAUCCUAUCAACACUUAGAAUUAAAUAAUAUAAAACACUUAUUCUACCGAGACGUCAGCACCGAAACUAAACCAUUAACUCCUCGUUAUAAAGAAGUCGCUACCGGCUCCGAAUACGGAAACUUAUCCACGAAGGACAACUUUACUACGACAGAAUUUAACAAGAAAGUUUAUAAGCAGACCGGUACUAUGACUACUAUAAGUAGCAAAGACAGGUACACUCAAACGUUGCCCGUUUUGAAACCCCCGAAAAAGAAAAGGCGUUCAAUUUUAUCAAAAUAUUUAAAACAUUUCGAUAGAAAAUCUAUUAAUAAUACACCGUCAGUUAUCAAUAUUAAUAUUUCAUCCCUGUAUAAUCAGGAUAUCGAACCUGAACAUUCUAGAGACGGUAGUAAUCAAAGUAUUCAAUGCAAUAUUAUGGCUCCGGAUCUACUUAAGAACCAUGGAACUGAAUCAUUACAAACUAAAAUGAACCCAAUAAAUCAAGACCAAACUAGUGACGACGACAGUUCUUCAUGUGAUGUCCAGGUGGAAGCUCAACAAGCUGUUGUAACUGACGAUGGUACUGAUAGUUCAGAAAUGUUUAUUUUACCAAAACCUUUACUCUUUAACAAUGACACUGAAACACAUGAUAAACUAUGGACAAAAACAAAUAUUUUGUCAUCGUCAAAUGAAGAAGAACACGGUAAUUAUUCGAUGAACUGUUCCGAUAUCGAAGAUGACUUAAGAUCUAAAUUGUACUUAAAUCAAUCGUUCAAAAGUUUAGGUACAGAUGAUUCAAUUAAUUAUACGAAAACUGAGGAUUGGUGUUGUAAACGAAGCAAUUCUUUCAGACGGUUUAAUACAAAUCAGAGGACCAAAUUUAAAACCGCCAAAACUAAGUUAUAUAAAGAGUUUUUAGGUUCGAAAAAGGAUAACGAUAGCGCUGAUGAGUCUUCAUCCAAUAGUUCGUUUUAUUGUCCUUCGUCAAAUAAUAUUAACGAUAGCAUGAUGCCGAGAAAGCCUUUUAAAUAUGAAAGAAUAGAAAAACCAUGCUGCGACUCUUUUGAAAAUGUUGAAAGGAAAAUUAAAAAUUCUUGUAAAAAAGUCGAAUCAGCAACAAAUAAUUAUGAAAGCUACCUAGACAACUAUAAGAAAAAUGUUAAAUCUGUUUUAAGAUCCCCUACAGAAUAUCUUCAGCAUUUGAUAGAGAUAAGAAAAGAGUUGGUCAAAGAUGGUUGAAAGGGUUAGUGUUGUCAGUCUUUACUGCAUAAAGCUAGCUAUAUUUCGUUAAUAGAUUAUUUCAAUUAUGUUAGUUAAUUAAGAAUAACAAUAUUAAUAAUAUAUAACAUUAUACUAUGGGCCUGUUCACAAUGUGUGGAUAAGGUCCCAAAUAGCUAUGCAACACAUAAAUUAUUCGAAAGAUAAAAGUUCCAAAUAAUAUACUUGGCAUUUCAUGACGAAUAGCGCUAUCUGACAGUCGUGAAACGCAAAAAUACUGUUUAUCCUACCAAUAAGUAAUAAAUAGCUUAUUUGCAACAUAUCCGGACAUUGUGAAACAGGUCCUAUGUAUUUUCAACAUUUGUAUUUUGAUGUGUAUGAUCUUUGACGGCUUGCAAAAGUUAUUAAUUCGUCAUUCAAAUUUAAAAGUACCAUCAUAAAAGAAAUAACGAUUGGUGUUAUAAUGUUUUAAAAAAUGACACGUCAUAUUAUAACUUACUUAAGUAAAUUUUUUGAAAUUCAUACAUUAAAGAUGUAAUGAUUUAGUCAAAGUCAAAGUCAAAAUUUAUUUAUUCAUAUAGAUAUUGUAAACUUAUGAACGUCAAAAAAAUAAAUAUUAAAUGAUUCUAAUUU